AUGGCAAGCAUGGAGCAGUUAGACGCAUUGCUGCUGUCUUUGCAGGCUCUCAAGCCUCCAGGUGCAACCAAAGGAAAAAUCACUGCCAUCACCAAGCUCUGCGGUGACAACGUUCAGUCUGAAUCGUCAAUUACGCAGAAGCUUUAUAGGCAUCUCAAGAGAACGCCAGGAACCCACAAGCUCGGAGUUCUUUAUGUUGUAGACUCAGUGACCCGUCAAUGGAUUGAGAAGGCUCGCCAAUCAUCACAGGAUCUGUCUGGCAGUGCAGCACCUGAGGGCACCUUUGCUUCGGGUGUACACAGAGUCACUGAACUUUUGCCCUCGUUGAUCGAUGACACUAUCCAGAAUGCUCCUUCUGACCACAAACCGAAGGUAGAGAGUUUGGUACAGAUUUGGGAACGUGGCAACACUUUCCCUGCCGCUACGCUCGCAGAGAUCAAGAAGAAGCUGGCUGAACCUGUGGCCCAAUACGUUCCCUCGACGACUCCUCCUGGCAGCCCUCCGCUCAGCAUGCUCGUUUCCCUGGGACUUCGACAGGCACCACCGGCCUUGAGCGCUCCUCAAGCAGCCCCUCCAGCCCAAGCACAGCCUGAUGCCUCGAGUAUCCUUGCUGCUCUCUCUCGCCUCCAGCCAAUGCCAGCUCCCGCGCCAGCUCCUCCUGUCGUACCUGUGCAAGCUGCUCCACCCGCUCCGCCUGCAGAUCUCGCUGCCAUCAUGGCUGGUGCCACUCGAGGCUAUCAAGGUCAACCACCGCAAGCACCGCCCGUGUCCUAUGGCUAUCCUGCCCCACCACUUCAGCAGUCCUACGGCCAGCUCUAUCAGCCACCUACACCCGUAGCAGCAGUGCCUCCUGCAUACCCACCACAAUAUCAUACUCCUGCUCCCUAUCAACAAGCACCACCUCAGCCUCCCGCACCUGCCGCUCCUUCGCCCGCCGGUUCAUUCUUGCCUGCACACAUUCUGAGCAACCCGCAGAUCCUGCCCAAUGUGCUCCAGUUGAUUCAAGGUUUGUCUCAAGAAGGAAUCCCACAAGAGCAAUGGGGAGCUGUUCUUAGCGCCCUAUACCCACCCCCAGAACAAGGCCCACCUGCACAAGACGCAUACCUUUCUCGCUCAGAGGACCAUGUACAUUACAGAGACAGAUCCAGGGAUCGUGGUGGCCGCAACCGAAGUCGCUCACCAGAACCAACUCGCAACACCAACAACAACAACAACAACCCUGGCCGCCGUGCAAGUCCAGUCUAUGGCACGUAUGAUGCUUCUCUUGCCCAGUCUGCUCAGGAUCAUGCCUCCAACUCUGAUCGCCGUGGAGGCAGAGGCCGUGGCCGCGGUGGUCGCAACGACUAUCGCCAGCGCACCCCUCCUUCUGCCCGUACACCCCAAGCAGACCAAGGUCUUGCCCCUCAGAACAUCAACCCCAAAUGGACAGACAUGGACAGCACUAUUCCUCCUGGCCACAUCAAGGUUCUCAGCCGAACACUCUUUGUCGGUGGCGCCAACGGCAACGAAGCCGAACUGCGCGCUAUCUUCGGCCGCUUUGGACCCGUCCAGACCUGCAUUGCAAACGAAGAUAAACGUCACGCCUUCGUCAAGAUGUGCAACCGUCAAGAUGCCGUCAGCGCAAAGACCGCCAUGGAAACAACCAGGGACCCUGACAUCCUAGCCAAAGCCCGCCAAACCAAGUGGGGGGUCGGAUUCGGCCCUCGCGAAUGCUGCGAUUACAGCAAUGGCGUCAGUGUCAUACCCAUCGAUACACUCACCGAAGCCGACCACAAAUGGAUGCUAACUGCCGAAUACGGUGGCACCGGCGGCCGUCCCAUCGAAAGCGGUCUCGUUGUCGAAGAACCCGAUAUCGAAAUCGGCGCCGGUGUUUCCUCCAAGGCUAUGAGUCGUCGAGUUGGUCCGGAUGGCGGCAGCAACCGUGGCGGCGGUGGUCGUCGUGGCGGAAGAGGCGGUGGCGGCGGCGGCGGCAGGUUCAACCAGCCCGAAUCUCACCACGUCUCUCGUCCUGAGCCCGUUACUAUCGCUCCUCCUCCCCCAGUACCUGGCUUUGGCUUUAUGGUGCCUGGUAUGCCUCAGUUCCGUUAG